UUCCUUAUAUGGAGGGAUGGUCUUGGCAAAAAUUCUUGGUAAGGAGGAGGCACAUUUUGAUAGAAAGGGAUGAAGAUCACUCUGACACGUUGAUUAUUCUUCAACAUCCUCCUGUUUAUACAUUGGGUACUAGCAGUUCGGAGAAAUACCUGAAUUUUGAUAUACAAAAUUCUCCCUAUGAUAUUUACCGGACUGAACGGGGUGGAGAAGUCACCUAUCAUGGCCUGGACAGUGGACAUAGCUUGCCAGAGAUAUACGUUUGUAUAUACACGCAGAAAGAUCUUGAACUUGUUAUGUACCCUAUUCUCAAUUUGCGGUAUCACAAAAUGGAUCUGCAUUGGUACCUUAGGUCACUUGAAGAAGUGAUAAUCCGGGUCCUUUUAUCUACUUUCUCUGUCAAGGCAUCCAGACUUGAGGGUUUCACUGGAGUUUGGGUUGGAAAUCACAAGGUUGCUGCAAUUGGAAUUCGGGUUUCUAAGUGGGUAACAUAUCAUGGUUUGGCAUUGAAUGUUACGGCAGAUUUAGCUCCCUUUCGGCACAUUGUUCCCUGUGGCAUACGGGACCGUGAGGUUGGUAAUCUAAAGGAGCUGUUGGGGACAACUGAAGAUGCUAAUUUAAUGGAUGUCGCUCAUAAAUCCUUGAUUGAAGAAUUCUCUGAAGUUUUCCAGCUUUCUCUUGAUUACAGAUUAAUCUCUGAAUUGGACCUUCCUGAGGGAAGGUCAUGAAGUUUGUUUGCAGGGGUGUCAUUCUUCUGAAAAAGCACUCAUCGCUGAUUUAUCACUGAGAAACAUCAGAUUGUACAUACGCACUUGGCAUGGUGGAAACCAUAGUCGCUAUUCACAAAUCGUUAGGAGCAUGUUUUGUUGCUAUAUCCGGCAGCCUCAUUCCAUAGUCGCUCUUCUGAAAAUGCAAGGAUGUAUAUUUUUGUGGCAAGCUCGAUAGUUGUUUUAUUUUUCCUUUUUUUUUUUGGCCUACAGACAUUUAUUCUGGCUUUUUUUCAUUUAUUAAAAAUGCCCGCUAAAACUCCAGCUACCCAAAACAUUUAAGGAUUGGUGAUUGCAGGUUUUGCAUAUAAUCACCAUUUACACGGAGUACUGUGAGGAAAGCUGUAUAUGUAAUGAGUUGUAUGUUAUCAAUUUAUUGAUUAAAACAUAUUACUACUCA